AUGAAUGGAGUCCUCGCCCUUUCGGCAUAUCAAGUUGCUUCAGUUACUCACUGCCAACAUGCCCGCCGGAAAGAGUAUCAAUACCAGAUGCUAGCUAUCCAGGACCUCAGAAGAUGUCUGUCCAACUUUAGACCAGAGCAUGCUGACGGAGCCCUCGUUGCCUCGAUGGCACUAUUGUGGCUUUGUGAAGACAUGUCGAGCCGAAGACAAAUUGCAGAAGGUAUCUCAGCUAUCCUACAAACAUGCCAUCGGUUAGGUCACCAAUCCGGAUUUUAUCACAUGAUAGCAAAAGCAUGGCGUCAAACCGCCCAUCUUCACACAACACUCAAGACGGAGUGCGGGAAGCCGAACGGACUACAACGCAUAAUUGUCGAGAUGCAGAAAUUCAAGGCCCUGUUGAAAGAGCAAGAACCGGACGACGACACCUGGAGACAACUGCGGCUACUCAUCGCCCUCGCUGAGGACCUGACCGAACUGGAACCAUCGACACCCGCCGAUAAACAAUUCGAACGAAUCCGACUGCUGCGAGACUACAAGCUUUGGCUCCCUCUUAAUGACCUCUUAACCGGCAAGAACCUGUCGAGCACGCUGAUGGUCAAUGCGUAUUUGUAUACGAUAGCUCUAUACGCUCAACGCCAGACAUCGCAGGCGUAUAUGAUUGACCUCGGAGUCGACCUGCCCAGUUUGCUGGACGAGACGUUACGGCAGAUCACACCUGUUAAAUCAUAUAUAGGGCCACUCAACAACCUGAAAGCCCUGGUAUCACUUGAAGACGUCACCCUUGAAGAUGUACCCGUUCUCACAGAAGUUUGGUUCGCAGCUUUUACCGAUCCUGGAAUCCGGCGCAUCUGGCCUGAUACACCGGCGGUACGCAACUGGUGGACCGGAGGCAAUCGUCACGACUUGAUCCAUAAACCGUUUCAACGCUACGUCAAAGUUGUCGAUCCAGACUCUAAAGAUGCUAAUGGCCGUCCACGCAUCGCGGCUUUUGCCAAGUGGGAUACUUCGAUGCCCCGCGAGCGGGGUCGACGAUAUCCACCAUGGACGGAGGAUCAGCCUGGUCAAGUCUGCGACGAGUUCAUCGCCAAGGAGGAGGCGGAAAGACUCCGCGUUAUGGGAAACCAGAAGCACUACUAUCUCGAUACCUUGGUCACGCAUCCUGACUAUCAACGCUGCGGAGCUGGCUCAAUGCUUAUGAAAUUUGGCUGUGACCUAGCGGACAGGGACGGAGUUGCAGCGUAUGUGGAUGCAAGCAAGUCUGGGGCCGGACUUUACAAACGGUUUGGGUUUGUGGAUGAGAGCUUACCCGGUUCUGGCGACGUCGCGUCCAUGGCUCGACGUUAA